AUGGGUUCAUGGCCGGAAGACGUCGGCAUCGUUGCAAUGGAACUGAUAUUUCCGUCGCAGUACGUUGACCAAACGGAACUGGAAAAAUUCGACGGAGUUUCUACUGGAAAAUACACCAUAGGACUGGGCCAGCAAAAAAUGGCAUUUUGCAAUGAUCGAGAAGAUAUUCACUCUUUGUGCCUCACAGUGGUGCACAACCUAAUGGACCGCUAUCACAUUAAACCACAAGAAAUUGGCAGACUCGAAGUAGGAACUGAAACCAUUAUCGACAAAUCUAAAAGUGUAAAAUCGGUUCUGAUGCAACUGUUUGAACCCCAUGGUGUAACAGACAUUGAAGGAAUUGACACAACCAAUGCUUGCUUUGGAGGUACCGCAGCUGUGUACAAUGCAAUUUCUUGGGUCGAAUCUUCUGCUUGGAAUGGCAGGUAUGCUUUAGCAGUAGCUGCAGAUAUAGCAGUAUAUGCGAAAGGUGCUGCAAGACCUACAGGAGGCUGUGGUGCUGUAGCAAUGCUUAUAGGACCAAAUGCACCACUGGUUUUCGACAGAGGGCUUCGCAGUGUUUUUACCAAGCAUGCUUAUGAUUUUUACAAGCCAGAUUUGACUUCGGAAUAUCCAGUGGUUGACGGUAAAUUGUCUGUGCAAUGUUAUUUGGAAGCUUUAGAUAAUUGUUAUAGACAAUAUUUGGAAAAGGCUGAGAAAAAGUUGCAAAAUGUUGUUAAUGUUGAUUGGUUUGAUGGUAUUUUGUUUCAUACUCCGUAUUGUAAGCUAGUGCAAAAAUCGGUAGGUAGGUUAGCUUUAAAUGACUUUAUACGUUUGAAUAAUGAAGAGAAAUUAGAAGUUUAUCCUCAAUUUGCAAAGGUUCAAUUAGAAAAUUCUUAUUUUGAUAGGGAUGUUGAAAAAACAUUUUUAACUGCCAGUUCAGGGGUUUUUACUCAAAAAACGCAACCCUCUUUAUUGUUAGCAGCUAAUCUUGGUAAUAUGUAUACAGGUUCACUUUGGGGUGGCUUAGCUUCGUAUAUUGUCUCAAAAAAUUUCAACGAUUUACUUAACAAUAAAAUUGGCUUGUUUUCAUAUGGGUCAGGGUUGAUGUCGUCAUUUUUGUCUAUUACUGUUAAAGACACUCCAGCACUAGCCACUUUAAAAAAUAAUCUUAGUUAUGUACAACCUUUGUUGGAUAAAAGAGUUGAAAUUUCACCAGAAAAAUUUGAGGCUACUUUAGAAUUAAGGCAACAUAGUGCUCACAAAGUUCCUUACCAACCUGUAGGUGAUAUAAGCCACUUUUUCCCAAGUACUUAUUAUUUGACUAAAAUUGAUGAAAAACAUAGGAGGAGCUACGAUAGGGUUUCAGGGACCAUUCAUUUAACUAAUGGGCACUCUUAA